CAUUUUCAAAUUCUUCAUGUACUCCGAUGUCUGUGGUACUGAGAAACAAACGUAAGUAUAAGACAUUGUCUGAUGACAAACUUUUCCCUGUCAAUGGGAACAGAACAUUUCCUUACAUCACAGAUCCAUUGUACCUUGGCCAUAUUAUUUUCAUACCUAUAGUCUUCGAGAAUAAAACAAAAGAAAUCCAUACGAAAUCUUUACCUUAUCCGUAAGUGAAGGAAAUGGUAUGUCUCGUUCACCUUCAUUUGCCAAGUUAUGAUAUAGAUCAUUUGGGUUUUCAACAUUGAAACUGAAAUGUUGUAUUAGAGCAAUUCUAAUCUAACAGAUUUGAAUUUGAUAUAUUUCUGGACCUGAAAACAAAUAGCCUACACUUCAUGGCCCAGUAACUUACCCACGGAAUACAGUGGAUACUGUGCUUAAUGUUGAAAUGUCAGGGUUUGGUAGGAGGCAAACAUUAACUUUAGUUUACUGAUUUACUGAAACUGUAGGACUAUAACUCUACAUGUACAUAUUACCUCAAUCACCUAGACAAAGUUUUACUUAUCCCCUGAACAGGCAGUUAACCCACUGUUCCUAGGCCAUCAUUGAAAAUAAGAAUUUGUUCUUAACUGACUUGCCUAGUUAAAUAAAGGUAAAAUAAAAAUAGUUGGUUAAAGGCUUGUAAGUAAGCUGUUGUAUUUGGCGCAUGUGACAAAGACAAUUUGAUUUACUGUGCAGAAUAAGGUCCUAUGGGGCUUGCAGUAGAUUGUAUUCUUAUGUAAAGACUCACCACCACCCAGGUUCAUAUGGAGCUCUGUCCCCACAGGCCCCCACACAGACACACAAUAAUUGAACCUGGCCUAGAGGGAAUCUUAGCGUUUAGCUUGUAAUCCAAUCAGAAAACAGGGAUUGUAUUCAGUGCUUUCAGGGGAUGUUUACUUCCAAACUUUCUGGACUUACAAGUCUUAUCUAUUUGGAUGCUCAACCAUACAGUCUAAGGCAUUAUGGGGACAUUCUUUGAACAAGCAAUAAGGGAUUCCAGUAGUGUCCUUUUUUCUCAGGUUGUUCAUUUUGUGGCCUAAUCAAAGAAACAGCAGAUACUGUCAAAUGAUUAGUUUAAAACAUUUUAUCAAAUACCUUUUUGGAAUAUGUCUUGACAUUUUUAAUUAUACAAAUGAUCUAUGUUUCCAACCCAAAUAUGAAUAGCAACUACCGCUCUAUCAUUUAUUUCAGUUUCCUCCCUAUUUUAUCCUAUCAAUGCUUAGCAACAUUCCGCUUAUAAUUGGAGAACAAAUAUCAGUACUUUUUCAGUGAUCUCCUGUGGUGCGUUGAUUCUUGUCUCCAAAAAAUAGGCUUCAUGUCACGGUAAUAGUAGACCCUGCGCUAAUGUUUGGAGUGGAAGUGGGUACGGAAACAGAAAGGACCCUAAGAAAUGGAACAAAUACUCUACCACCAUUAAGAAACAAGAAGGAAUUUGGGCCGGAUCAACAACCUCUCCCUCAAUGUCAGUAAGACCAAAGAGCUGAUCCUGGACUACACACAGACGGGGCUCUGCCUUUUCACUGUACUCUUUUUCUUGCAUGUUACCACUGCUAAGACUGGUGUGUCUUUGUGCAGUGCUGGGAUACUGCUCUGUAGCUGCUGAUCUGAGUGACUAGGAAUCGGUGGGAUGUCAAUGCCACACCCACGUCGAGUCCCUCAAGGCUGAAGUCAGUGACUGUGUACAUGUGUGUCAGAUUGGCUACCAUGGAGAUGGACUACUGGGUGAGGACAUUGACGAGUGUGUUUACUGGCCUCCACGGCUGCCACUCAAAGGCACAUUACACAACACAGCAGCUGUGCGUGUCUGGAUGGCUACCUCGGCGACAGAGUCCAAUGAAAGGACAUCGACAACUGCCAGACUACUAACCUCUGUACGAAUAGAGGAGGGCAAGACUGCAAGUACAUAAGAGGCUUCAAUGGAAAUGGGUUUCAGUGCACGGACAUUGACGAAAUGCACAAAAUGUGGCAUCUGCCAUGGGAAUGCCGCCUGUCACAUCGACGUGGCUGUAGUGGAGCGGGUUGAGAGCUUCAAGUUCCUCGGUGUCCACAUCACUAAGGAACUAUCAUGGUCCAAACACACCAAGGGCACGACAACACCUCUUUCCCCCUCAGGAGGCUGAAAAUAUUUGGCAUGGGUACUCAGAUCCUCAAAAAGUUCUACAGCUGCACCAUUGAGAGCAUCUUGACUGGCUGCAUUACCGCUUGAUAUGGCAACUGCUUGGCAUCCGAAUGCACGGCGCUACAGAGGGUAGUGCGUACUGCCCAGUACAUCACUGGAGCCGAGAUCCCUGCCAUCAAGGACCUCUAUACCAGGCGGUGUCAGAGGAAGGCCCUAAAAAUUGUCAAAGGCUCCAGCCACCCAAGUUAUAGACUGUUUUCUCUGCUCCCGCACGGCAAGCGGUACCGGAGCACCAAGUAUGGGAGCAAAAGGCUCCUGAACAGCUUCUACCCCCAAGCCAUAAGACUGCUGAACAGUUGAUCAAAUGGUCACUGACUAUUUACAUUGACCCCCUUUUUAUUUGCGCUGACGCUCUUGCACCGGCUCUAUGCACACUCACUGGACUCUACCCAUACACACUACACUGACACUCCAACACACCAUACGCUCACACACACAAAACACACACCUAGUUCCCAGGUGUGCGUAAUGUGGGUUGCCAGCACCGCCGGAGAGAGAGAACGGGAGUAGGCGUGACACCUGCACAUUGACUUGGUACCGGUACUCCUUGUAUAACCUUGUUAUUGUUCUUAUGUUGGGUUACUACUUCCUUUUGUAUUUAUUUUUUUUUUUUACAAAUUCUUCUUACUUUUUAACUCUGUACUGUUGGGCAAAAAGCUCGUAAGUAAGCAUUUCACGGUAAAGUUGUAUUCGGCGCAUGUGACAAAUAAAAUGUGAUCUGGUACAAGCAGCUCCUAUAUGUGCAUCUAUAACACAGGCUUUAAGGGCAAUAGUAACUACCUGUGUCUGGAUAUAUAUUUACUUGACAUUUUAGUAAUUUAGUAGACACUCUUAUCCAGAGCAAUUAGGGUUAAGUGCCUUGCUCAAGGGCACAUCGGCAGAUUUUUUUCACCUAGUCAUCUCGGGGAUUCGAACCAGCAACUUUUCAGUUACUGGCCAGACACUCUUAACUGCUAGGCUACCAGUUCAGAGACCCCCAGUUCAGAGUCUCUUCGAUGACCGUGUCUACAUGUUGGGCUUGUAACGCUGCACCUGCUUCGAUGAAUUGAAUGGGAAUGGGCUGACCUGUAGGGCCAUCAAUUAGUAUAAUUGGCAGAAUAAAUGUGAUCUCAACACUGUCUGUAUCAAUGUGCUGGGCAGCUAUGACUGCUCCUGCCGCUCCAGAUAUCUAAGGGAUGGAAGAGAGUGUGUGAUUCCUAAUAUCUGCCCUGCUUCGGCCGGGUCUGUCAACACCGAAGUUCCGUUCUACUGCAACUUUGGCACCGGAUACAUGACAUUCAAUAACUCCAAGUGCAGGAACCUGGAUGAGUGUGCCAUUGGGCACUGUAGCCCCUUCUUCACCUGUGCCAACUUCCCGGGCUCCUUCACCUGUAAGUUCAGGGGCAACAGGGGCAACAGCAUCACCUGUGAGGACCUGGACAAGUGCUCCAUGGCACAGCAGUGCAACCCCGAUGCCCUCUGCACCAACCUGGCGGGCAUGUUCAUCUGCAGGUGCCAAGUAUGUUACUCCGGGGAUGGGGUGAUCCAGUGUCCAGAUGUGAACUGGUGGACAAAGGAGGCUGCUGGAACAAAGCCAUCUGCGUCAACAGUAAAGGUUCCUUCUCCUGUCUGUGUCCGCACCAUCUGCCAGGAUAUACACCGAGUGUACAAAACAUCAAGAACACCUGCUCUUUCCAUGCCAGACUGACCAGGUGAGUCCAGGUGAAAGCUAUGAUCCCUUAUUGAUGUCACCUGUUAAAUCCACUUCAGUUGGUGUAGAUGAAGGGGGGGGGGACAGAUUCAAUAAUGGUUUUUAAGCCUUGAGACAAUUGAGACAACGAUUGUGUAUGUGUGCCAUUCAGAGGGCGAAUAGGCAAAAUAUUUAAGUGCCCUUGAACAGGGUAUGAUAGCUGCCAGGCGCACCGGUUUGAGUGUGUCAAGAACUGCAACGCUGCAGGGUUUUUCACUCAACAGUUUACCACGUGUAUCCAGAAUAGUCCACCAUCCAAAGGACAUCCAGCCAACUUGACACAACUGUGGGAGGCAUUGGAGUCAACAUGGGCCAGCCUCCCUGUGGAACGCUUUCGACACCUUGUAGAGUCCAUGCCCUGACAAAUUGGAGCUGUUCUAAGGGCAAAAGGGGGGACAACUCCUAAUGGCCUGGGACUCAUCUACAAUGAGUGUACAGAACAUGGAGGAGCCAUGCCACCUCAAUGAGCGCUGCUCCAACACUUUGGGGGCUUACGGGUGCCCUAGCCAGGUGACCAUGGCCUGUACGGAUAUCAACGAGUGCAAAGUGGACAACCCCUGGCACGCCAAUGCCACCUGUUUGAACACAGUGGGCUCCCAUACCUGUACCUGUAAGCACGGAUUCACAGGCAACGGCUCCAAGUGUGAGGAUGUGGACGAGUGCGUUGCAAAUGGCACCUGCCACCCGUGGUUACUGUGUGCUAAUGUGCACGGCGACUUCUCCUGCUCUUGCCAGCAGGGCUUCACCGGGGACGGCUUCUGGUGCCAGGAUGUGAAUGAGUGUGCUCUCUCCAACGCCACCACCUGCCCCCCACCCCCCAUGUUAGAGUUUGUCAACUCCCCCGGAGCCUACGUUUGUUCCUGUAUGAACAAGACAGUGACCUAUAAUGACACCUGUGUGGCCCCCAGUUUCUAAUGUGCCUCUGCCUGCCACCUUCAUGGGCUCUGCCAACCCUCAUCCGCUGGCUACCUAGGCUUUGAGGGGGAUUGACUCACCUGCUCUGACUUAAGUGAGCGACAGGAGAGUGUGUGCUCCCAGAAUGAGACUGUGUGAAUAUCCCAGGCUCUUUUGCCUGCCUCUGCAAAGUGGGCUACAGACAGAACGAGACAAACUGCGCUGGUAAGAAGACUUGAUUUAGUUCACAAAAACUACCAGAACCACUCAAUAUUUCACAAUAACCAUUCAAUUGCAAAGUCCUGUCUUUCUUUAUUCAAAAUCUGGUGUUUGAUCUUACUUAGAAUAUGUUGUUCUGUAAAAUUGAUAAUGUGGUAAGACUGUGUUCAAGGGACUAAUUCUAUCUCUCGACACUCUCUCUCUCUUCCGAUAUGGAUGAGAGUGAAUCUGGAGAAAAGGAGUGCUGUAUGUUUGCCCAGUGUUUGAGAGUCACCUCUUGUUUCUGUCGCCGUGGCUUUGCUGGUGAUGGGAAUAAUUGUUCUGACAUUGAUGAAUGCCAAACCCAAAAUGGAGGAUGCCACCCUGUUGCCAGCUGCUACAACAUGGUUGUGUCACAUCUGCUCCCACUGCGCCCUCUGGUGUUCAUCCGGUGUCAUCCUAACCCGCAGUUCUCCCCCUGUUCUCUCUCUCUGAGGCGCACAGACACACACACACUCUCUCUCUGAGACGCACUCCCCCUGUUCUCUCUCUCUGAGGCGCACAGACACACACACACUCUCUCUCUGAGGCGCACAGACACACACUCUCUCUCUCUCUCUCUCUCUCUCUCUCUCUCUCUCUCUCUCUCUUGGUGUGGUUGGAGACAGGUGUGCUGGAGUCAGAGCAGAUCCCCAUCAGCUGAAAAUCGUCCCAUAAAUCAAGACUACAUAUACUCAUUCCUGCCACCUCCACUCUGCCAGAUCGUAAUCUCUGCUCAUUACCGCUCUGUCUCUGGCUCCUGUCUGCUGUACCACAACUCAACACCCAACCACCCUGCUCUGGACUUCAUUCACCACCACACCCUUGGGUUUCCCUCAGGACCGGUUUACCCUGUUCAACUCAGUCAACUCCAACCUCACUCGACACUUAGGGUUUUUUCUGCAACUCAUCUGAGCAACCCCGGUUCUGCACUCCAUAUCGUUCUGUGUACAAUAAACAUUUUGGUUCAUUCAUCUCUGCUUCUGCAUCUGAGUCCGUUCUUGGGUUCCUCUGUGUUCGCUUCAUGUAACAGGUUGGAUCCUUCAACUGGCACCGAGGGCACUGGCUAUGAGUGCCAGGAUGUUCACGAGUGUCCUUACAACUCCACCCAGCCCCACAACUCGUCCAUGAGGACGAGGGAGCGUGUGUGGAUACGGAUGAAUGUGGGAACAGUAAUGGUACGAAGGUGUGUCACCCCUUGGCACAGUGUUGGAACACUCCAGGCCCACUGUCCUCUGGGCCCACACGGGCAAUGGCACCUGGUGGAGGGCGUGGACCAGUGGUGACCAGUAAUUCAGUUUUGAGCUCUACCUGUUUAGCAAAACGUUUUUUUUUUUUUUUGCAUGUUAUUUUAGCAUUAAUGUGUCACAUAUUAGCUUGCAAACAAUGUAAAAGAAAAAAAGAGUCAAUAACAGUGCAGACAAACAUGGUCUCUUUUUUUGCUUUCUUGAGUAAGGCAGCUCCAAAAUGCAGGUGUUUCAGCCUAGCUCAGUGCUUUCUGUAGUGGUGGUGGUGGGGCAGCCAGAGGAAAAUAGGGUAGGGGUUGGUUAUGUUCUCUAGUUGAACCGUGAUUGGCUCAGUGUUCUCUCACACAUGGGGACACUACGUCACUGCAAAAUCUACAAAGAGAGCUCGAAAAUGCAACCCUUGGAUUGCCAUAGAGUUACAUUAGAAGUGCCCAUCCAAGCCUCCCGGGUGGCGCAGUGGUUAAGGGCGCUGUACUGCAGCGCCAGCUGUACCAUCAGAGACUCUGGUUUCGCGCCCAGGCUCUGUCGUAACCGGCCGCGACCGGAGGUCCGUGGGGCGACACACAAUUGGCCCAGCGUCGUCCAAGAAGACUCAAGGUCAUUUGCCACAGAUAAAAUGUGGUCAAAUCAGAUUAAAUUCAUGGUAGCUUUGAUUGGACUGAUCAUGUUAACAUCACACUUUCAAAAUCUUAGCUAGCAAGCAGUCAUCAUCAUGAAUCAAGUUGACAAUCUACUGGCAAAUCCUUGUCAUAUAAAGAGAAAUUAUGAAGAGAAAUUCUAGAUAAAAACGUAUCGGUGCUCAUCGGCCAUUGGACAUAAACAUUAUACAAGUUGGAAAUCACAAAAUUCAACAAUGAGGGGUUUGGAAGGAAUCAGUGGGUAACUGCAAGCAUUGCAAAGCAAUCUUUUGCCUGCUAUUCAGUGGAGUGGGCGUGUGGUCCAAGUCUGGGUUUAAGGGUCUUUUUUUCCAAGCUUAAAAGGAUAAACAUUCAACAUUGGCCAUGCUGUCAAUCCAACAUGACUUCUGCCAUGUUCAAAACAACUGGAAACUCGGAACUGGGAAAUCUCAGACUUCAACUGGGAACUCUGGGGAGGAAAAAAACGAGCUCCGACUGGGAGAAUACAUUUUGAACAGUCAUCCAACUCGGAAUUCCAAGUCAAAAACUCUGGCCUCUUUCUUGAGCUCCGACCUGGAGAUCACUGACAUCAUAAUUUGACCAUGUUUUUUUCAGAGUUCCCAGUUGUCUUGAAAGCACCAUAAAAAAAAGUUUAAUGACAAAAUUUGCCCACAAAGGACCGACGCGCCACCUUUCUGUUCAAGUGAGCACAACAAGGUGCAAAAAUGUAUUGUAUGCUGCUGCAAAAAUUAUGUAAUAUGCCAAAAAGAUAUGUAUACUGUAGCGAUACUAAGUGUAUGUUGUGUAGUAAGCUAUUAGUAGCCCAUGUGCCUCACCGUAAUAAUUUGGUCCCUUUUCCCCCCAUAACUUAGCCUACUGUUCUGACUUGGUGGUGCACAUGUGGCCUAUAGCCUGUUUUUAGAGAAAUAUCAUCAUAAAAUAUUGUAAGAGCUUUCAUUGUCUGCUUACAGUGGGGCAAAAAAGUAUUUAGUCAGCCACCAAUUGUGCAAGUUCUCCCACUUAAAAAGAUGAGGCCUGGGGGGACAAAAUGGCGCCGUAGAGAGAACACGGUGUUUCAGCGAGCUCUCGUGGCAUUCGUAAAUUUAUAUUCUUACAUUAAUCUCCUAGCUUGAAAAAGUGGUAGAAUUGGCUAAAUAAGUUACCAUAUAAUGAGUCUUGACGACUAUUUCGCAAAAAUCUCCGACAACAUGCCCAAUAGAAAUACUAAGAAGUCGACCAAAACCGCCACCCCUGUGGAUGUGCAUGAGGAGCUAGCUAACGUUAGCGAAGCUAACACCAUUGCGGACCCGGGCACAAUGGACCUGAUGAUUCAAAAGAUGACUGAUAACAUUACUAAAGUGAUCGAUGCUAAGAUAAGAACGGUCUUGGAAGCAAUAGCAGGCCAUUCAGCUGAAAUACAGAGCGUUGUGAAACGUGUUGUUGAGGCGGAAGGAAGAAUUGCUGCAGUGGAAACUUCAACUACAUCUAUGGACGCUAAGAUAAAAGCACUUGAGAAACAGGUGCGCGAAAUGGCGGAGCACAUUGACGACUUGGAUAAUCGAGGACGCAGAUGCAAUAUUCGUGUUGUGGGACUCCCGGAAAAUUCUGAAGGGACACGUUCAGUAAAAUUCGUUGAGGAAUGGAUCCCUGGCUACCUACAAAUGGACACUAAGGCUGGUCGUGUGAAGCUGGACAGAGUCCAUCGCUCUCAAGCACCGAUACCGGGCCCCAAUCAACGCCCACGGCCGGCCGGUGGUUAUAAAGUUCCACAACUUCACCGACAAGCAGCGCGUCAUGGAUGCGGCUAGAAACAUCGGCUCUGAUGGUAGUCAACAUAAAGGUCCAAAGGUCUCAUUCUUCAAUGAUUAUUCCACAACGGUUGUACGAAGACGCAAAGCGUUUGAUGAGGCGAAGGCUCGACUCAGGAGAAUGAAGAUGGACUACGCACUGUUGUACCCGGCCACAUUGAAGAUUAUGGUCAACGGAUCACCUAAAAAGCUCUACACACCUGAAGAGGCUGCUGCGUUUAUUGACUCUCUCGGAGAGUGAUUUGUAUCCGUUUGGUGACCAGGUGGAAGAUUGAGGAUUGUGAUUGGACAAAGAAGAUGGGAUCUCUCUUUACGUCACACCAAUAAUGGAUUUCCGCUUCAUGGGCAAGCUGUUUGAUCGGAACUAUGGUUUCUGCCAUGCUGGCAGUGUUCUGACCUACGAUGCUGACCUCACCCAGGGGGAGGGGAAGCUGCUCUAUCAGGAAUACCACCAGCUGAAUAUGUCUGAUACGUAUUCCCAAAUUGUCUUCAAUCGUACAGCGGAGGAUGUUACACGGAACAGAAGGGCAAACCUGCGUUCACCCCAGCCUGCGUUGUAAAGAUCACCUGGGAUCAUGUGAUGGCUGUCUACUACCAGGAAAUGAACCACUCAGAGUAUUGACUAACACCUUCUAGUACAUCCUGACUACCGACGGGGAGCACUCCUUCGCUCUGCUACGCUUCGGGGAGUUGGGGUCCUGGCCAAAGGCUCCACCACUUUUUCAACGAGAUCACAAAUGAAAUGAAUCUAUUUGGGUGGCGGUACAGGCUUAAGGAGGUGAGGGGAAAUAUAGGUCAGAGCCCAAACGGAACCCCCAGAAGAGGUGCCAGGUGUAAGCAGUAAAGGAGCCUGAGCCAAAGGAGUGGGCCAAGGGGGUGUCGUGGUGCCCCCACACCCAAGCACUGGAGGAUCUGGCAUACGUGCCUGAGACCCUGCCCCUCAACCAGCAGGAUCAGAUACGGGUAACGGAGCUACGGGGACUGCGCUGGGGUGGCGUGUUCCAGUCCAUCCUGUCCAAUUUGAGGAGCUCCUUCUGUUCCAGUGGUGUUGUAUCCUGUCUCCUCUGUGCCACCUCUAUCUGGCCAUGACACCCCUGGACCGUUGCCAAGGUUAUGGCUGGCUCCAUUAUCUUCGCGCUGCAGGGCGAGAAGGACGAGCUGGAGACAGAUGGACAGGCCAGACGGGUCCCCGCGGUGGUGACGAUGGCUGCUUUCCACAAGGUUAAGUGGCGGUGUGCAUAGUCAGGAGAGGGACUGGAGGUCCUGGUGUGGAUAAUGUGGAGGUCUCUGUCGGUAACAUACCUCAAAUCCACUGUUCACGUGCAGAUCGGCACUCAAGAUGCCAACAAUAUAAGCUUCUCAAUGCUCUUCCCCAGACCACCACAAGCCUCUGUUGGGAAAAGUGAUGGCAUAUUGACCUGGACACCACUCGACAUCCAGCUCGUCUACCUGGCCAUCAGAGUUAAUGACCAGCUGUUCAGCUCUCAGUUCACCCUCAUCCUGCAGGUGUGCAACUGCCUCAACGGUGGCACCUGCCAAUACGACAGCAUAGCGGACAACCAUCUGCAGGGGAGAUUUCAGGUGGUAGGGUGUCUGUGGCCUAAUUCUGUCGGAAUACCACCGAAGCGUGUAAAGGGAAGCCUAACUUCCCAGGAGUGCAGUGCCAGUCCCAGUCUCAAUCCCAGGGAGAGACAGACCAGUUCACCUGUGGAUAGUGCCCCCCCACCUACCGUCUAUGAGGACAGGCAGGGAUACAAGUGCUUUGAGGAUGACUUCUACCUCCCUCCCUUCCUCUUUCGACGUCACAAGAUGGCUGACAGCAUCAGCUCAGGGUACAACUACACCUGCAGGUGCAAGCCUGGCUUUACUGGGGACGGAUGUCACUGUACAGACAUAGAUGAGUGCCUGGACCACUCGGCCUGUCCCAAAGCCACAUUUUAGGGUUAGGUCAGUCCUAUGCUCCUGUUGCUACUGUACUGAGGAAACCGAUGUCUGUGGGGACGCUAUAUUCUCAAACGAAUCCCCCAAUACUGCCCACAUGACAUUGCUGCGUCAGUGUUACCAUGGUGAUCAUGACCACAUCAUAGAAUAUGAGGUCAUCGGAUGGCUUUGUUGUUGAUGGCAGGGUUCAAUGUCUUCAACGUCUCCAUGGGCUGGAAGAACCAGGGUGCUGGAGGAGAGAGACUGAGACAGGUGACAGGGAGCGUGUGGGCAGCCUGUCUCAUCAAAUCAUUUUUUACAUAGGCCUAUAUUUGUGUGUGGGACAUAAAACAAGCUGAAAGAUCAUUUGUUUUUUUCCUGACGAGGAAGUACUCAUGUCCAGAAAUGCCCCAGUUCUUUCUCUCUGCAUUGUUGGGAAGGCCCCGUAAGCAUUUCACUGUUAUUCGACACCUGCCGUUUACAUAGCAUGUGACAAAUAACAUUUGAUUUGAUUUAGUUUGCAGUAAUAUGCUAUAACUAUAGGGUCUACAGAUUUUCCUGGGAAUGGGUGUGUAAAUUUAGAUAAUGGCAGAGGGAGUUUUGCUGCUGGUCCAUGUUCAUUAGGUAGCAAAUGGAGGAAAACAGAUUGAAAAGGGGAGGGACUACUUGGACUUGUCAAAUAAGAAACACUCUUUUCCGUAUUCUUUUUCAAAAUGUUUUAAACUGUUUAGGCCUAUAUUUGUGUACAGGACAUACACUACCUGUCAAAGGUUUUAGAAAACCUACUCAUUCAAAGAUUUUUCUGUAUUUUUACUUUUUUUCUACAUUGUAGAAUAAUAGGGAAGACGUCACAACUAUGAAAUAACACAUAUGGAAUCAUGUAGAAAUGUAAAAAGUGUUAAACAAAUAUAUUUUAUAUUUGAGAUUCUUCAAAUAGCCACCAUUUGCCUUGAUGACAGCUUUGCACACUGUUGGCAUUCUCUCAACCAGCUUCACCUGGAAUGCUUUUCCAACAGUCUUGAAGGAGUUCCCACAUAUGCUGAGCACUUGUUGGCUGUUUUUUUUCUUCACUCUGUGGUCCGCAUCACUCUCCUUCUUGGUAAAAUAGCCCUUACACAACCUGGAGGUAUGUUGGGUCAUUGUCCUGUUGAAAAACAAAUGAUAGUCCCACUAAGCCCAAACCAGAUGGGAUAGUGUAUUGCUACAGAAUGCUGUGGUAGCCUUGCUGGUUAAGUGUGCCUUGAAUUCUAAAUAAAUCACAGACUGUGUCACCAGCAAAGCACCCCCACACCAUAACACCUCCUUCUUCAUGCGUCAUGGUAGGAACCACACAUGCAGAGAUCAUCCGUUCACCUACUAUGCAUCUCACAAAGACACAACGGUUGAAACCAAAAAUCUAAUUUGGACUCAUCAGACCAAAGGACAGAUUUCCACCGGUCUAAUGUCCAUUGCUCGUGUUUCUUUGCCCAAGCAAGUCUCUUUGUCACAUGUAAUGACGCUGGAGAGACGAAGCAGGUACGGGGAGUAACAUUUAAUAAAUUACGGACAUAUAACAAGACAAGCACAGCGUCAGCAAACAGAAACUAAGACAAAAAACAAGCAGUCGAGCAGACAUGAUAGCUGGGCGAACCAGCCAAGACAUGGGCGCUGGGCAGGCCGGUUGGGACGUGAAAACCCGCAAACCGGUAGGAGCGUGAGAGCCUGGUGAGCCGGCCCGAGGCAAUGAGAGCCUGUCGAUCCCGCUGCAGAAGGGGAGCCCGAUGAUCCAGUGGGGUGGGAAGCCGCAGAGCCAGGAAAACGUCUCGAGCCGGCCAGGGCGUGAGAAAGCCCGACGAGCUGGCUUAGGCACCUCCGGUUCUAUCGGCGACGGGAUCCAACCCGACGUCACCAACAAAACGAAAAACAAAAACUCCUGGACCAGCUGGACGAACAACAACUGACGAUCUGGCUGAGGCCCGACAGUGGGAUGGGCGACAUCCGAGCCAACCGGGGCAAGGAAACCUCUCGAGCCAGCUAGGGUGUGGAAGCCCGACGAGCUGGCUAGGUAUCCCCGGUUCCAUCGGUGGCGUCCUAGAGCCGCUGCCAUCAUUCCAGUACUCCCCGAUGCUUCGUAUGUUGGCAGGUACGGGGAGUCAAACAUUGAAUAAAUAACAGACAUAUAACAAGACAGGAACAGCGUCAGCAAACAAAGACAAAAAAACAAACAAUGCAGCAGCAGGGAACAGAGAAAGGGAACUGACAGAUAUAGGGGAGGAAAUAACAGGUGAUGAGUGAGUCCAGGUGAGUCCAAUAACACUGAUGCGCGUGACGAGGGAGGGCAGUGGUGUGAGUGAUGAUGGCAGGAGUGUGUGAUGCAGGGUAAUCUGGUGCCCUCAAGCGCUAGGGGAAGGGAAGAGCGGGAGCAGACGUGACACUCUUCUUAUUUUUGGCGUCCUUUAGUAGUGGUUUUUUUGUUUGUUGCCGCAAUUUGACCAAGAAGGCCUGAUUCACGCAGUCUCCUCUAAACAGUUGAUGUUGAGAUAUGUCUGUUACUUGAACUCUGCGACGCAUUUAUUUGGGCUACAAUUUCUGAGGCUGGUAACUCUAAUGAACUUCUCUAAUGAACUUAUCAUCUGCAGCAGAGGUAACUCUGGGUCUUCCUGUGACGGUCCUCAUGAGAGCCAGUUCCAUCAAAACGCUGGAUGUCUUUUGCGACUGCACUUGAAACUUUCAAAGUUCUUGACAUUUUCCGAAUUGACUGACCUUCAUGUCUUAAAGUAAUGAUGGACUGUUGAUUCUCUUUACUUAUUUGAGCUGUUCUUGCCAUAAUAUGGACUUGGUCUUUCACCAAAUAGGGCUAUCUUCUGUAUAGAACCCCUACCUUGUCAUAACACAACUGAUUGGCUCAAACGCAUUAAGAAGAAAAGAAAUUCCCCAAAUGAACUUUUAACAAGGCACACCUGUUAAUUAAUAUGCAUUACAGGUGACUACCUCGUGAAGCUGGUUGAGAGAAUGCCAAGAGUGUGCAAAGCUGUCAUUAAGGCAAAGGAUGGCUACUUUUGAAGAAUCUCAAAUAUAAAACUCCCCUCCAGACUGUGUAAGGACAAUUUGACCAAGAAGGAGAGUGAUGGAGUGCUGUAUCAGAUGACCUGGCCUCCACAAUCACCCAACCUCAACCCAAUUGAGAUGGUUUGGGAUGAGUUGGACCGCAGAGUGAAGGAAAAGCAGCCAACAAGUGCUCAGCAUAUGUGUGAACACUGAUGGAAAAGCAUUCCAGGUGAAGCUGGUUGAGAGAAUGCCAAUAGUCUGCAGUGCUGUCAAGGCAAAGGGUGGCUAAUUUGAACAAUCUAAAAUCUCAAAUAUGUUUUUAUUUGUUUAAUACUUUUUUGGUUACCACAUGAUUCCAUAUGUGUUAUUUCAUAGUUGUAAUGUCUUCACUAUUAUUCUACAAAGUAGAAAAAAGUACAAAUAAAGUAAAACCCUGUGAUGAGUAGGUGUGUCCAAACUUUUGACUGGUACUGUAUAUAUUUAUACUGUAAUAACCAAUUGCUUAAAGCUGAGGUACUUUCAAAGUCCAAUGUAUUUCAUAAAAGAAGAACUGGACACAGAAAUGGAUAUAGACUAGAGAGAAGCAACGCAUAUUUUGUGCUGUGCUUCUGACAAACACUCCUAGCAAGUACAUUGAACUAAUGGCGAGACGGCUCUGGGCGACGAAACUUGAUAAACAGGUGAACAAACAAACAGAGCCAUUCAUGUGCCUUAACUCUUUCCCCUGUGAAAAACAUCAUGCUUUCUGUUCCUUGUUUUCAUUAUAGUUAUUAUAUUCAUGUGUAAAGCACAUUGUAUUAUUAUUAUUAUUACAGAGUGAGCAUUGUCACAUAUUUGUACAUACAAUGUAAAGCAAUGGAUUCAUAAUUUGAUUUAUCAGACAACAGGUUGUGGGAUCCUCUAUUUAACAUUCAGUCCAUCUAUUGUUGUAUUUCAGAGUGUAAUGUCCACAGCUUUGUGUUGGACUUAGCAUUGUGGUGGAGGGUAUUGUGGAGGGUUCUGAGUCUUGAUGGUUGUGAAGACACAGAGAACAAACGACAAACGUUUGAAUCCAAUUUGAGGUUUUAUUAACUAUCGGUCGGUGAGAGUAGUACACACGUAGCAUACCAAUUUUGUCAUAAAGGGGAGUCUCCUUUGCCUUAAACCUAUGGAAUGCAUACAAUAGUAAUCAUAAUACAUCUCAAUGUUACAAAAUAAACUAAAUGCAUAAUGAUA